UUUGGCAAGAAUCUGUGCCAGCAACCUGGUACUCAUUUCCUGUACGGUCACAGAUACCUUCUACGACUGCUCACUGAGGAAAUAAAAUGUCUUGACCUCUUAUGCUACAUCACCAUGAAUGUUUGGUCUUUCCUUUUUUUUUCUUUAUUUAAUUGUUGUUUCAUGGCACUCAUAUUGUACUCGAUGAGCGCGGGCUACAUAAGGUUCCCCCUUUCUCACUGGCUGUUUUUGGGAGAUGUUCUGUGCCGUUUGGACGGCUUAGGGAGUGUUGUUCAAGGGGAUUUGGUAGCGGGGCUCUGAUGCACUCUGAGAAUGUAACAAAGCUAUAGACACCUCAAAACACUGUCAGUCUUUGACGCUUUGGUUAGCAUUGCUGCACUGUAAACAAUUAUUUUUUGCCUUUGUAAAUACAAUGAGGACAAUUCAAGUAAUUUUUACAUGAAUGUAUCAAUUCUGAGAAUUACUCAAACAUGUCAUGUGAAAUUCAGUGUAAUGCUUGGAGUUUCUGUGUAAUUGAGUGUCCUCACAUUCAGUUAAAUAAAUUCAGUAAAUUUAACCGUAAUAACUGUUGUGAAAAUUACUGCAAUUUUGUGAUCAUGACAUUAACUACAGAAAUUCAAGUAAAAUUUGCCAACAGAACGAUGGCGUGACGUCACAUUCUAGACGUGCCCCAACGGUUGACUUUCUAAAGUGAUGUGACUUUGAUGCGAUGUGAGAUUUCGUCAUUGUGGUCGCGGAUUAAACUCCAGGAGCAUUCAAUUCUGUUGCUGUUGGUCGUCGGAGCUUCCCUUUCUCAGGCUUUUGAAAAUGUGGACAUUCACCACGGUUAAGGAAGAGCUGGAGGACCUUUUUACCCCUCAUCAGGCACCCUAUUAAGGGUGUCCCACCAUGAGGUUGCUGUGUAAAAGUUGUAGCUUUGCCUCAAAUAGAAGGGUUGAUCUUUUCAAGCACUACAGACUCAAACAUGGAAACAGUGGCCGUACUCAAUCCAUACCUUGCCUAUAUGCUAAUUGUCCUUGUUCAUUUAAGACGUUUAAUGCUCACAAGAUCCAUCUAUCCCGUCAUCAUGUGGAAUCAGUUGCACCAAACGUGGUUGUUUCGUUCAGUUGUCAGCGCUGCAAUUUAGCGGCCUUCUCUUCAGAGAAACAGUAUUUUGAACAUUUACACAGUCAUUUGAAGAGGUUUGAAGUUGUGCAGUGUGUAUUCAAAGACUGUAGCUUCAGUACAAACAUCUAUUCAACCUUUUGUUCUCAUAAGCACAGGAAACAUGGUCAGCACUCACAUGAAGACUUUAAUCCUGAGGUUUUGAAAACGCUUUCAGAUACUCCUGUCUUCCAGCAUGAUCCAGUGUUUUCUGAACAGGAUCCAGAGGUUUUUGUUGAACCAUGUGAGGAUUUGUCUGAGGUUAUAAAGGAUAGACUUGGACUGCUGUUUCUAAAGUUGGAGAGUUGUUACAAUGUGCCGAACAAGUGCAUUGAUGAAAUUGUAGAUGAGUUACAGUUCUUAUCCUGCUCCUCAUCUGGACCAGUUUUGAGAUAUGUUGUUGAGUCCACCUUCAAGAAACACAACUAUGACUUUGAUUCAGCUCUUUUAAGCGAUUUGGUGAGCAACUUAUGUGAGUCACAUCCUAUUAGUUCAGCUGUAGGGAAAGAUGGUCCUUUUACUACAUCAUAUAGGAGGAGGCAAUAUAUGAAGUCACAUUUUUCAGUUGUGGAUCCAAAAGAGUACAUUCUGAAGAAGAGGGAGAAUAAAACAUUCCAAUAUAUUCCUAUACUGCAGUCUUUGUCACAGGUACUUAAGAAUUCUCUAGAAAAGCACCUAGUUGCUACAAGGAACUCGGACAGGGCAUCGAAAUAUCAGUCAUUUCAAGAUGGGUCUCAUUUUCAGAAAAAUAUUUUUUUCUCUUCAGAUGAGGAUAGAUUAAGUCUUAUCCUGUACAUUGACGACUUUGAAGUCUGCAACCCCCUUGGAACAUCCCGGAAGAUACACAAAGUUACUGCUGUGUAUUGGGUCUUAGGCAACAUCCCAGCACAUGCAAGAUCGGCAUUGACGAGUAUAUACUUAGCCAUUCUCUGUAAGGCCAGUGACACCAAACAGUUUGGAUUUCAGACAGUGCUAGAGCCACUAUUGCGGGAUCUUCAAAGCUUAGAGAAAGAUGGUCUUUUCAUUCCAAGUUUUGGGAAAGUGAUCAAAGGCACUGUGGUGAGCGUAGUGGCUGACAAUUUGGGUGCUCAUGCUGUGGCAGGACUUGUUGAAAGUUUCUCAGGACCUCAUGUCUGUUGAUUCUGUCUGGGAGAGCGCUCUAUGUUUCAGACAACAGAGGUAAGAUCAGGAGUUUUUCAGCGAAGAAGGGAAGAGCAGCACACCUUACAUGUUCAAACAGCUUUAUCGAGUCCUUCUCUUAGUCCGUGCUAUGGGGUGAAAAAACAGUGUGCACUAUCUGAACAGCUGUGUUAUUUUGAUGUGACGUCUGGUUUCCCUCCUGAUGUGCUACACGACCUUCUUGAGGUUGUUGUUCCCCUAGAGCUGGCAUUGUCACUGAAUGCGUUCAUCAAGAACAAGUAUUUUUCCUUGGUGGAAUUCAAUGACUUAAUUGCUCAGUUCCCUUACAAGUGGACUGACCGAACAAAUCGCCCACAUUUG